GGUAUUACUUCACUUCCCACUUUUUUUCACAGAAAGCCCUGAAAUCAGAAGUCGGUCUGGUCACUGAAGCUAUGGACGUGUGUUGAUAUUUCUUUAUUUGUUCGCUUUGAGUACAUUUUUUAAGGACUCUUUUAUGCAUCUGCUUCACAAUGCGGCCGCCGCGCAAGCAGGAGUUCGGGAUUAAGCACGCGAGCGGAUCACUGAUUCACUACAGACCGCCGGUGAGCACGAGCUCUCAGCGUCGACACUCUGCCGUCGUUCCGUCGGUGCUGACGUUCGCCGUUAUCGUGGCAUCCGGAGGCCUGUUGCUUAUGAUAGAGAAGGGAAUGCUGAAUAGCGUUGAGAAUCCGUCGCCGCGGGCCAACGGCAAAAGAGUGGACUACAGAUCCAGACAUAACAACCCGGCUGUGGACGUGGAGUCGCAGAUUUUACAGGAGAUCCGCAACCGUACCAUCAAAUCAAUGUGUGGUCAGAGGAACACAGCGCACAGUGUGUGGUCACUCAGUCCUCUUCAGAGAAAGAUUCUCCUCCAGCACAUACUGGUGAACGACGAGCAUCGUUUCCUGUACUGCUAUGUACCCAAAGUGGCCUGUUCAAACUGGAAGCGCGUGCUUAAAGUACUGAGCGGCGCUCUGGCCAACGUGGACGUCAAGGUGAAGAUGGACCAUCGUGCCGAUUUGCUUUUCCUGUCGGACUUUUCACCGGACCAAAUACGUCAUCGACUGCUGCAUUAUUUUAAAUUCACGUUCGUACGAGAGCCCAUGGCCCGCUUGCUUUCUGCCUAUCGUAACAAGUUUGGCGAAAUCGAGGCGUACCAACGUAAAUACGGCGCAGAGAUCGUCCGACGGUACAGGAAAGGCUACGCAAAAUCUAAAAAAAUUGCAGGGAACGAUGUGACGCUUACGGAGUUUGUGCGUUAUUUGAUAGACGAAGACCCGGAGCGCAUGAAUGAACACUGGAUGCCCAUCUACAACCUGUGUCAGCCUUGCGCUAUACAGUAUGAUUUCAUUGGCUCGUAUGAGAGGUUGGAGAGCGAUGCGGCGUAUGUGCUGGAGCGUGUCGGGGCACCACAACAUGUACGUUUUCCUGAAAGACAAACGUGGUACAGACCUGUUACUAAAGAAACAUUGCAUUAUUACCUCUGCACUGUGCCUCAAAAGUUUUUGAAAGAGCUCCUGCCAAAGUAUAUAUUAGACUUCAGUUUGUUCGGCUAUCCAUUGCCCAACACAACCAGUGAAUACUGUAGACAUUAACAAAGACAUUGAUUUGUCUAAAAGACUGUCUGUAAUCUUGUAUUGUCAAUAUUUUAAAAAUAUAUAAGCUUCAGUACAGUGUAUUGGGAGCUCAAACCACUAUUUAAAACUGGAAGUACUCUAUCAUUUGUACAUUUGUUUUGUUAGUACAACGAUGUGGUAUAUUCAUACAAGUGGGGCAUAGAAACAUUGUGCUGUGCGCAAGACUAUCAUGAAAUUUUAAAUCAAUAAGCACAAUUUCACUUAUCAAUGCAAUAUUGAAGUUUCCAGUGUUUUUUUACUUUAAUUAUCUAGAUAUUUAAGCAUUUUUACCUUUAAAUGUGUUAUGAUGGAUGGUUCAUAUAGAAAAGAAAUAUAUAUAUUACCUCAUAUUCUUUUAAAUUCAUAGCCUUAAAACUUGAACCUCCCUAUCUGUCAGUUCCUAUUUUGAAAAGUUGAAGUCCCUUAAGAGAUUAAGAAUGCAGUUUCACAUCCAAAAGUAGGAGUGUUGUACAACGAGGAAAUAAAACCUCUUUGAAAGCCAAAGGA